GGAGAGUAGAAUGAUCCUUUAGUUGAAACCAGAAAUGCUACGCAAAUGAAUUCUUCCCAGCGUAAGCGUUACUGUGACCGGGAUAGAUACUUGCAAAUGACUCCAUAUCAGAGGGAAGCCUAUUUGCAAAGGAAUCGUGAGUACAAAAGAAUGAGGCGUGAGUGCAGCGCAAGUUGUAGCAAUACACAACCAGCACCCCAGCAGAAAAAUACAAGAGCUAAUAAGAACAUAUGCAUGACAGGAAAGGAAGUCGUGGCCAGUUCAAACUAUGAGAAGCAUGAUUCGGUAUUUACUCAACUGGGGUCUUCAUCAAAAGGAAAACAAGUGGCGGAUGUUGGUGGUUCUGGCACAAGUCGUCCAAAAGCUGGAACUCGAUUCACCAUCAGUCCAUCUGGCAUAUAUUUAUCAUCAAUAUCCUCGGAAGAUCAAGCUGCAAAAUAUGAAUUGAAAAAUGUACGUCAGCGUAAGCGACAUCGUUGCGUCAACAUGCACUCAGAACUGUCACAUGAUCAAGAAGAAACACACGUACAAGAGAUUUGUGGCCAUAAUAAAAGACAGAGGCCAGAAAAAGAAAGUUGUAGUACUGCACGGGAUCGUGGCAGAGAGACCAACAACUUGCAUGAAGACCUCAUUUAUGUGCCCCAGGAUUCUUUUCCUGCCAUUCAUGAAUAUCUGGCAAAUACUGAAGACUCUAUUGAGUACGAUGAUGUGAAUGAUGAGAGUCUAAUGUAUAAUAGACCAUGUCUUGACUUUGAAUCAUAUCAAGAGCCAAAGCAUGUCACAAAAUGCAUACAAGCAGAUCCAUAUGAUCAUAUAUAUCAUAAAUUGCCCCGUGGCUAUCAUUUUCUAGAGCGAGUGCCCAACUGUAGACAUUGCAAUGCGAAAAGGUUCCAAUAUGAGACGCCAACAUUUUGUUGCAUGAAUGGAAAAGUAAAGAUAGUAACCCCAGUGGUUCCUGAUGAAUUGCGUCAGUUGUACACGAGCCAGGAUCCAAAUGCAAAAUACUUCCAAGAUCAUAUACGGUACUUCAAUUCUCAUUUCUCUUUUACCUCUCUUGGUGUGAUCUUGGACCAAAGAUUCUGCAAUAGGAGGUCUGGAGUAUACACCUUUCGCGCACAGGGCCAAAUUUAUCACCGUAUUGACCAGUUGGUUCCAAAAGAAGAUGGCCCCAAGCAUUUACAGUUAUACUUCUAUGACACGGAUGCAGAUUUGCAACAAAGAUUUCUUCACUCGCCAAACCUUGACCAAACUCUGAUCCGGAAGUUGGUGAAUAUACUUUCAAAUCAAAGAGUAUAUAAUGCUCCGACAACAUCACAAGUAGCAGCAAUUUGGGUCGAGGGAAAUAAUCCUCGAAGUUAUUUUGACAGGAGUAUCAUGGUUUACGGUAAAUCGGACAAACCACAAUACAUAAAAGCAUACCAUGGUUGCUAUGAUCCAUUGUCAUAUCCACUUUUUUUCCCGAAUGGGGAAGUUGGAUGGAACCUGAAUUUACCAAAAGUUGCUCCCCAUGGUAAGAGGAAGAGAAAUGAUCAAGCAGAUGCUCUCAGCGAAGAAGGAGUGGAAAAGAGCUCUGGUUCUUGUGUAUCACCAAGGGAAUAUUAUUGUUAUAAGUUACAAAUCCGAGAUGGCGAGUUCAACGUCUUACUAUUUGGAAAGAGAUUAACUCAACAGUAUAUUGUUGAUAUGUACAUCAAGAUUGAAUCAAUAAGGUUGGCUUUCUAUUUACAAUAGUCAACUCAGGUUCUCAUACGUGCAGAUUUAUAUCAAGGAUUGGUUGAUAGUGUUGUAGCCGGUGAGACACGUGCAUGCAUGACUGGAAAGCGUAUUGUGCUCCCCCCAAAAUUUAUUGGAGGACCAAGAGACAUGCGCCGAAGGUAUC